UUGAUAAACGCGCUGAACAUGCACCCUUUACCCCGCCCCCCUCACAACCUUCUCCCCUAGCCAUGUCGAACCGAAGUCCCUGGAUUAUGGACGAAGCCAAGCGAAACAAAUUGCUUAAGAAGUACAAAACCCAGGUGGCCUCGGCGACUUCGACAGUUUGCGCCACCCUCGCUGUGACGCCACUGGAAAAUGUCAAAACUCGCAUGCAGACACACAAUUUCCAGAAUGUCUUUCAAUGCGUCCGUUACCUGUGGCGUACCGAAGGACCCCGCGGUUACGUUGCUGGAGCCUUGCCACCUCUAGCAAGCGUCACAGCGGUUCGAGUGGUCAAUUUUACAACCUACAAUGCCGCCAAGCAUAGGAUUUCCGACUUCCUUGAGAGAAUGACCGGGGAAUCGCCCCUGGCGAUAUAUAACCAGCCGGGCAGUAGCCCUACUCUAUCGACACUGCUCACCUUCACUGCUGCUGGCCUUUUUGCUGGCCUAAUUACCUCGCCCCUAGCCUGCCCAUUUGAGCUCGCCAAAAAUGUGGUUCAGACCUCGGUCCUGGUUUCGAAUCGUGCACAGGCUUCGCCCAAUGCGAUCAACGAUCCGUCUCUUCGCAGCAAGCCACGUCUUGGCACCGUAGAGGCUAUCAGACAGAUUGUCCAGCGGUAUGGGAUCCGCGGGCUGUACACGGGUUUCCAUCUUCACGCUAUGCGCGACACGCUCGGCUCUGGUCUCUAUUUCACUGUCUAUGAGACCGUGAAACAACUUGCAGCGAAAGAGCUGGGCCCUGAUAAAUCUCCGUUCGGGGCACCCAUGAUUGCCGGUGCUAUCUGCAGUACCGUUCCUUGGUUCUGUACCUAUCCGCUUGAUACUCGGAAAACCCGCGCGCAGAGUGUUUUGCUCGGGAAAACAAAGGAAGUGGGUGAGGCAACGGCUGCAGUAGCCAAGUCGAGCAUGUACAAGGGACUAUCGAUUAUAUUGAUACGUACGGGAGUGAACAACAUGAUCCUCCUUAGUAUCUUUGAGUAUAUCAAGAUGAGGAUAAACGAGCUGGACUAGUGUAUGAUGAAAGGCUAGGUGACAGGGUGGAUGCGCACAUUGUGUUGUUGGGCGUAUAAGGUCGAAUUUUCGUGACGAUUUUUCUCAAGUACAUAAUGGCAUGAGCUCCAAGCCGCAAAUACAGAAU